CAAGGUGUCUGUGUCCCCAAGAGCUGACAAUCAUGUGGCGCCUCCUUCUCUUCUGGGCGCUUUUUGUCCCCCACACUCUGGGGCUUCAAAUCUGCUCCUUUAAUGUCCAGUCGUUUGGGGAGUCCAAACGGGACAAACCUGCUGUCAUGAAUAUAGUGAGAAAGGUCAUUUCCCGCUGUGACAUCAUGCUCCUGAUGGAGAUCAAGGACAGCAGCGACACCGUAAUCCGAUCGCUAAUGACACAACUCAACAGCCAAUCAGAAACAAGAAAUCAGUUUGAUUUAACCAUCAGCCAAAGGCUGGGCCGCAAGAGCUACAAGGAACAAUAUGGCUUCAUCUAUAGGAAGAAGUUGGUGUCAGUGAGAGGAACGUACCAAUAUGAAGACUCCCAGCCGGGGGAUCCGGAUGCUUUCUCUCGGGAGCCCUAUGUGGUGUGGUUUGAAGCGCCCAGCACUGACGUCAGAGAGUUUGUGAUCGUGCCCCAGCACACCACCCCCGAGGCCGCAGUCCGGGAAAUCGAUGAACUUUACGACGUUUACCUCGAUGUCAAACAGAAAUGGAACUCGGAGAACUUCAUUUUCAUGGGGGACCUAAACGCCGGCUGCGCCUACGUGCCCAAGAAAGCCUGGGGGAACAUCCGGCUCCGGACCCACUCGGAGUUUGUUUGGCUGAUUGGGGACAAAGAGGACACGACGGUGAAGGCCAGCACCAAGUGCGCCUACGACAGGAUUGUGAUGGCCGGAGACAAGCUGCUCAGCUCCGUGGUACCAGGUUCUGCCCAAGUGUUUGACUUCAUGGCUGUGUAUGGGCUGACGGAAGAUCAGGCCCUGGAGGUGAGCGACCACUUCCCCGUCGAGGUGCAGCUGAAGGAAUCCAAGCGGCCGACUUCCAGGAGGCGGAAACACAUCGAGAGGAAAUAAGGUCCCCCAUGUCGGCCAUUACUGUGCUAACAAGGACCAGUCUGUUGCCUCUUAUCUUUAUAUCUAACAAAUGUGGGGUGUGGGGACGUGGGGAAGGGAUCCAGAGCUACAGAAGUGUUUCUUCAUCAGAACCUUCCAUUUUGGGGUCCCACAUUGUACUGUGGUCUCUUCUCUGCACAUUGAUCCGCGUGGCAAAAUAUCUGGGGUGCAGCGUAAAUUCAGUUUAUUAGGGCUCACUAUGGGGACCAGAGCUGGGCAUUCAUUUGCUAGAAUAGGCCCCCCUACAGUGGCGGUUGUCAAGUCCAUUCUCUGGUCAGGGCCCCCCUGAGCUCUCAAUAUAAGUCAAAGUUGCAAGAAUAUGAAGGAAAACAUAAAUACGUACACCCCAAAUCUCACAGGUCUGCAGGCUGGAAUUCUGGGAGUAUUGAGGAGAGAAAAUGGCCAUUCAGUUGUGACCUAAUCUGCCCCCCGGCCCCAUUACUAAUCAGACGGGGGCGCAUCCAUCCAGAUGUGGGGUCCGGGGGUACAGAGGGGCCAGAACCAGUUAUUCUGGGAGUUUAAGGGGAAAUAUUAUCAUAAACAGGUUUUCUGCUUCCCAAUAAAAAUGUAUUUUGUUGUUGAAUAAAUGAUUGUGGAUGAAAGGUU